AUGCUGGACGGUAAGAUAGAGUAUCGACGAGGAAACUACAAAGUCGCCUUUGCCAAGCUACGUGAAGCUGUUUACCACGAUGAUCACCUGUUGUACAGCGAGCCAUGGAGCUGGAUGGUUCCCGCACGACACCCUUACGCAGCACUUUUGUUCGAGCAAGGGCAUGUGGCCGAGGCCGCUACUGUGUAUGCGAAGGAUCUUGGUCUGGACGGUUCCCUCGUUCGUGCGCACCAGCACCCUAACAAUGUGUGGUCGUUAAGCGGGUAUCAUGACUGCUUGCUUCGUUUAGGACGGAAGGCAGAGGCAAUCAUGAUCCAGAAACAGCUGAAAACGGUGGCUGCCGUGGCUGAUAUUCCGGUCAAAUCAUCUAAGCGAAUCCGAAUCUCCGACAUGACUAAUGCUUUGAAAGGACCAGAUCCCGAGAUCAAACUCUCGGCCUUUGAAGUAAAUAUAAGUAUCGUCUCUCAAACUCAAGCUUCUGAGUCUUCUGUCUUGUUCCAAGCCACGCCUCUCUUCAAAAUGCAGCCAAUCAUCCUCUACUCGCACCAAUACGGCCCAAACCCCUGGAAGGUGGCUCUCAUCCUCGAGGAACUCAACAUCCCGUACAAAACACAGUUUGUCGACUUUUCCGAAGUCAAAAAAGAACCUUACGUCAAACUCAACCCAAAUGGCCGCCUCCCUACAAUCGAUGACCCAAACACCGGCCUCGAAAACUGGGAGUCAGGAGCAAUUCUGAAACAAUGGCUGUUCUUCCAAGCCUCAGGCCAGGCGCCAUACUACGGUCAGGCUUCGUGGUUCAAACGUGCCCACCCAGAGAAAGUCCAAGGCGUUAUUGAUCGAUACGUCAACGAGAUUCACAGAGUUACCGGAGUGCUCGAAUCAGUGUUGAAAACUCGAGAAUGGUUGGUUGGCGACAAGUGUACAUACGCUGAUUUGUCUUUCAUUGCCUGGCAGCGAUGGGCCCCUCGCUAUGGUGGCGAGGAUAUCUACAAGAAGUUCCCUGGUGUGGGCGCGUGGAUAGAGAGAAUGAAGACCAGGCCCUCCGUCCAAAAAGCCCUUGCCGACCAGGAUCGUGCUAUGGCAGAAGCCGAGAGGAACUGA